GCGCGGAGCCGGCGGCGAUGCCCGCCCCGCUGCCGGGGGGAGAGGCUGCCCGGCGCUGCCCGGCCCCCCGCCGCUCGCCGCAGACCCGCGCACGCACAGGGGCAGCCGGGCGCUUGAGCCAUGAUUGCCGCGGCUUUCCUGGUCCUGCUGAGACCCUACAGCAUCCAAUGCGCCCUCUUCUUGCUCCUGCUGCUGCUGGGGACCAUUGCCACGAUUUUAUUCUUCUGCUGCUGGCACCGCAGGCUCCAGAAAGGGAGGCAUCCCAUCAAAUCGUCUUUUCAGGUCGCUCAAGGAGCCGAGAUGCUGUCAUGAGAACUCAUCACUUUCGCUCUGAGGGCUUUAGAUCAAGUCCUCGUCAUGCUCGAAGACGUGCAGCACCUCGCCUUGAGGAAACACAGCCUAUAGUGGAAGCUCACCAUCUAAGUGAGCAGGAAACUUCUGUAAGAAAAAGAAAAAUCAAGAAAAGCAGCCGAGUCCAACCGGAAUUUUACCAUUCUGUUCAAGUUACCCCAACUCGAAAGCCUAGCUCCGGCAACGCGUCCUACCGAUGCUCCAUGUCGUCCUCCGCCGAUUUCUCCGAUGAGGAGGACUUCAGCCAGAGGUCGGGGACAGUGUCGCCGGCGCCGGGGGACACGCUGCCCUGGAACCUGCCCAAACACGAGCGGUCCAAGCGGAAGAUUCAGGGCGGCUCCGUGCUGGACCCCGCCGAGCGGGCCGUGCUGCGCAUCGCCGAUGAGCGGGACAAAGUACAAAAGAAGACGUUCACAAAAUGGAUAAAUCAGCAUCUCAUGAAGGUUAGAAAGCAUGUGAAUGACCUAUAUGAAGACCUAAGAGAUGGACAUAACUUGAUCUCACUUUUAGAAGUCCUUUCUGGAGACACCUUGCCCCGAGAAAAAGGUCGGAUGCGUUUCCACAGACUCCAGAACGUCCAAAUUGCACUUGACUAUUUGAAAAAACGCCAGGUGAAACUGGUUAACAUAAGAAAUGAUGAUAUAACAGAUGGGAAUCCCAAAUUGACUUUGGGGUUGAUAUGGACCAUAAUUUUGCACUUUCAGAUAUCUGAUAUCCAUGUUACUGGAGAGUCAGAGGACAUGUCUGCUAAAGAGAGACUGCUCCUGUGGUCGCAGCAAACAACGGAGGGUUAUGCUGGAAUACGUUGUGAAAAUUUCACUACCUGCUGGCGUGAUGGAAGAUUAUUUAAUGCCAUCAUUCAUAAAUACAGGCCGGACCUGAUAGACAUGAAUACCGUUGCUGUUCAAAGCAACCUUGCAAAUUUAGAACAUGCUUUUUUUGUAGCAGAAAAACUUGGUGUUGCCAGACUUCUGGAUCCUGAAGAUGUCGAUGUUUCCUCACCUGAUGAGAAGUCAGUAAUAACUUAUGUGUCAUCACUUUAUGAUGCAUUUCCCAAAGUACCAGAAGGUGGCGAAGGCAUCAGUGCAAAUGAUGUUGAAGUCAAAUGGGUUGAAUAUCAGAAUAUGGUGAACUACCUCAUGCAGUGGAUCAGACACCAUGUCACGAUAAUGUCUGACAGAACAUUUCCCAACAAUCCUGUGGAAUUGAAGGCACUUUAUAAUCAAUAUUUACAGUUUAAAGAAACAGAAAUUCCACCAAAGGAGACAGAUAAAUCGAAAAUUAAACGUCUAUAUAAACUUCUAGAGGUCUGGAUAGAAUUUGGACGCAUCAAACUUUCUCAAGGCUACCAUCCAAAUGAUAUAGAAAAAGAAUGGGGAAAGCUUAUUAUUGCCAUGCUGGAAAGAGAGAAGACCCUUCGGCCUGAAGUGGAGAGGUUGGAAAUGCUGCAGCAAAUUGCAAACAGAAUUCAGCGGGACAGUCGGAGCUGUGAAGAUAAACUGAUACUUGCCCGGAAUGCUCUGCAGUCUGACACCAAGCGAUUAGAGUCAGGGCUCCAGUUCCAACAUGAAGCAGAGAUAGCUGGCUAUAUUCUUGAAUCUGAGAACCUUCUCCGUCAGCAAGUGGUUGAUGCCCAAAUUCUUAUUGAUGGAAAAUACUAUCAAGCAGACCAGCUUGUUCAAAGAGUUGCAAAACUUCGUGAUGAACUGAUGGCCUUACGGACUGAAUGUUCUUCUGUGUACAACAAGGGGCAUGCACUGACCACAGAGCAGACAAAGCUUAUGAUAUCUGGAAUAACCGAAAGCCUAAACUCAGGAUUUACAACUAACCUAACCCCUGAAUUAAAUGCUAUGACCCAAGGUUUAACACCUCCUUUGACUUCUUCCAGCUUGACAUCUGGCCUUUCAUCAGGUCUUACAUCCAGACUGACACCAACCAUCACUCCCACUUACCCCCCAGGUGUCCCCCCACGGUUAGUCCAGAGCUAUGUGACAGGAGUAGACAGUGGGACUCUGCAAACACUUAAACUGAUGCAAAUCAGAAAACCUCUUAUGAAAUCAGCUUUUGUGGAUCAGAAUUUAACGGAAGAAGAGGUGAACAUGAAAUUUGUCCAGGACCUAUUGAGCUGGGUGGAAGAAAUGCAGGUGCAACUUGAUCGAACAGAAUGGGGUUCAGAUUUGCCAAGUGUUGAAAGCCAUUUGGAAAAUCACAAAAAUGUCCAUAAAGCUAUUGAGGAAUUUGAAUCCAGCCUUAAAGAAGCCAAAAUGAGUGAGAUCCAAAUGACUGCUCCUCUUAAACUCAGUUAUGUGGAAAAACUACACAAACUGGAGAGUCAGUAUUCAAAGCUCUUGAAUACAUCGAGAAAUCAGGAAAGGCACUUAGAUACUCUUCACAAUUUUGUGUCUCGUGCUACUAGAGAACUGAUAUGGUUGAAUGAAAAAGAAGAGGAAGAGGUUGCAUAUGACUGGAGUGAGAGAAACUCCAAUAUAACAAGAAAAAAGGAAUAUCAUGCAGAAUUGAUGAGAGAACUUGAUGAAAAAGAAGAAGUUAUAAAAUCAGUACAAGAAAUAGCUGAACAGUUGCUUCUUGAAAAUCACCCAGCCAGGCUAACCAUUGAGGCCUAUAGAGCUGCAAUGCAGACCCAAUGGAGCUGGAUUCUCCAGCUCUGUCACUGUGUUGAACAACAUUUGAGAGAAAAUGCUGCAUAUUUUGAGUUUUUCAGUGAUGCCAAAGAAGCCAUGGAAUAUUUGAAGAAUUUGAAAGAUACUAUAUACCGAAAAUACAGUUGUGAUAGAUCAAGCAGUGUUCAUAGGCUGGAAGACCUUGUCCAGGAGUCCAUGGAAGAAAAAGAACAACUCUUGCAGUAUAAGAGCACAGUAGCAGGCCUUGUGGGGAGAGCAAAGGCAAUAAUUCAGCUGAAGCCAAGAAACCCCGACUGUGUACUCAAAACAUCCAUCCCGAUUAAAGCCAUCUGUGACUAUAGACAAAUCGAGAUAACUAUUUACAAAGAUGAUGAGUGUGUGUUAGCAAACAACUCCCAUCGUGCUAAAUGGAAAGUCAUUAGCCCAAGUGGUAAUGAGGCCAUGGUUCCAUCUGUGUGCUUUACAGUUCCUCCACCAAACAAAGAAGCAAUAGAUACAGCCAACAGGAUUGAACAACAAUUUCAGAAUGUUCUGGCCCUUUGGCAUGAGUCACAUGUAAACAUGAAGAGUGUGGUGUCCUGGCAUUACCUGACAAAUGAAAUCGAAGCUGUUAGAGCUGGCAAUGUUGCCUCGAUAAAGACGAUGCUACCAGGUGAACAUCAGCAGGUUCUAAGCAAUUUGCAGUCCCGCUUUGAUGAUUUUUUGGAAGAUAGCCGGGAGUCCAAAAUCUUUACAAGCUCCGAUACAGCACAGCUGGAAAGGGAAGUUAAUGUUUGCAAGCAAUACUAUCAAGAGCUUCUUAAGUCUGCAGAAAGAGAGGAGCAGGAAGAAUCUAUUUACAAUCUGUACAUCUCUGAAGUCAGGAAUAUCAGACUACGGCUAGAGACUUGUGAGGAACGGUUAAUACGGCAGAUCCGAACACCAAUGGAAAGGGAUGAUGUACAUGAAAAUGUGCUUAGGAUUUCAGAGCAAGAGAAACUGAAGAAAGAACUGGAUCGACUGAAGGAUGACUUGGGAGCCAUCACAGAUAAAUGUGAAGAGUUUUUCGGUCAAGCUGCUGGUUCACCUUCAGUCCCUACCCUGCGCUCUGAGCUCAAUGUUGUUAUACAAAACAUGAAUCAAGUUUAUUCCAUGUCUUCCAUUUUCAUAGAUAAAUUAAAAACUAUAAAUUUGGUCCUGACAAACACUCAAACAGCAGAAUCAUUAGUAAAACACUAUGAAACUAAGUUGUGUGAAGAAGAGGCAGUAAUGGCUGACAAAAACCAUAUUGAAAACCUGAUGGGUACAUUAAAGCAAUGGAGAUCGGAAGUAGAUGAAAAAAGACAAACAUUCCAUGCCUUAGAGGAUGAACUGCAGAAGGCAAAGAUGAUUAGUGAUCAGAUGUUUAAAAUGCACAAGGAACGUGAUCUUGACUUUGACUGGCAUAAAGAAAAAGUGGACCAGUUGGCCGAGAGGUGGCAAAAUGUUCAUUCUCAAAUUGAAAAUAGGUUGCGUGACUUAGAAGGUAUUAAUAAAUCUCUGAAGUAUUAUAAAGAUACUUACAAUUCUUUGGAUACUUGGAUUCAACAAGUGGAAGAUACUCAGCGAAAGAUUCAAGAAAUACGUCCUGAAAAUAGCAAAGCUUUGGCUAAACAGUUGAACCAACAUAAGAUGCUGGUUUCUGAGAUUGAAAUGAAACAGAGCAAAAUAGAUGAAUGCCAGAAGUAUUCAGAGCAAUACUCAGCUGCUGUGAAGGACUAUGAGUUACAGACCAUGACCUACAGAGCUAUGGUUGACUCCCAACAAAAAUCUCCAGUGAAGCGCCGAAGAAUGCAAAGCUCAUCAGACUUCAUUAUUCAAGAGUUCAUGGAUUUACGGACUCGUUACACUGCCUUAGUGACCUUGAUGACCCAAUACAUUAAGUUUGCAGGGGAUUCUUUGAAAAGACUGGAAGAGGAAGAGAAAUCAAUGGAAGAGGAAAAGAAGGAACAUGUUGAGAAAGCUGGGGAUUUACUAAAAUGGGUGUCAAACCUCAGCAAGACACUCAGCAAAGAAGAAGGAGAAAAGGCUGAAAAGACAGACUUGCCUAAGCAGCAGAUUUCCCUGCAUGAAAUGUCAACCAAAAAAGAACAAAUAGCUGAAGCUCUGCAGACUACUCAGUCAUUUUUAGCUAAGCACAGUGAUAAAAUGACAGAUGAAGAGCGACAUGAAAUGGAAAAGCAAGUCAGAUCUCUCCAGGAGAGCUACAGCUUGUUAUCCAAUGAAGCUUUUAAGCAGCUGCAGGAAGCGCAGUAUCUGGGUGAUGAAAAGAUGGAAGAAAAGGUGAAUAAAGUCAUUGCUGGUGUCAUUGAUCAAACUACUGGAGAAGUCUUUUCAGUCUUUCAGUCUAUUUUAAAAGGUUUUCUUGACUAUGACACCGGAAUUAGAUUGCUCGAGAAUCAGCUGAUUCUUUCUGGAAUAAUUUCUCCAGAAUUAGGAGUGUGUUAUGAUUUGGAAGAAGCUAAAGCUCAUGCCUUAAUUGAUGAGCAGAUUCUGUUGCAGUUGGAGGAAUUAAGUGAUGCAAAAAAGCUUAUUUCAGAAUCAUCAUUAUCAAAUAUUCCGGUUGUUUCAGUUUUAGAACAAGGUCUAAUUUCAGAACCUUUGGCUAUUAAAAUUCUUGAGAAUCAGCUUUCAAGUGGGUAUUUGAUUUUGCCAUCUACUGGAGACAAACUGACUUUGCAGAGUGCUUUCCAGAGAAACCUCAUGUCUCCAACAUUAUAUGCAAAACUCCUGGAAAGACAAGACACAUGUAAAGAUCUCAUAGACCCCAACUGUGCUGAGAAAAUUUCCCUUGAGCAGAUGAUUCAAAGAAGCAUAAUACAUAAAAGAACAGGGUUAAGACUCCUACCUGUGAAACCACAAGAGAAAGGGAGAAUUGUGUUGAAAUGUGGAAGGAGGAUAACUAUUCUGAGGGCAGCCCAUGAAGGUCUCAUUGAUCGGGAAACAAUGUUCAGGCUGCUGGGUGCUCAGUUAAUGUCUGGAGGUCUCAUUGACCCUGACUCAGGGAAACGAAUGACUGUGGAAGAGGCCGUGAGACAAGGGGUGAUAGAUCAGGAUACUGCUUGCGGGAUCCUCACACAUCAGGUUCAGACUGGGGGAAUCCUUUGUCAAAAUUCAGGACAACGGUUGACUGUUGAUGAAGCUGUGCAAUGUAACUUAAUAUCAUCUACCAGUGCCCUGCUGGUAUUGGAAGCACAGAGGGGCUUUGUGGGACUAAUUUGGCCUCACACUGGUGAAAUAUUCCCUGUAUCAACUUCUUUGCACCAAGAUAUGAUAACAAAUGAGCUGGCGUUCAAAAUACUGAAUGAUAGAAAGAAAAUAGCUGCACUUUACAUUCCAGAAACUUGUGAAAUAAUCAGUCUUGACAAGGCUGCAGAAUCAGGGAUCAUAGAUAGCAAUACUGUAUCUGUUUUGACCAACGUGACUUUGCCAGAUAAAAUGCCCAAUGUAGAAGAAUUGAAGUUCCCUUGUAAAAAUGCUGCAAAAUGGUUAUCAUCAUAUGAAUUUCUGCCAUCUGUAGUUCAUGACCGAGAGGAAGAACAUGAAGAUUGUAGCACAGAAGACCCUGUAUGUCAUAAUUUAGAUCAAGCUAAGAAACUAUUCAUAUCUUACCUGAUGGUAAAUAGUUAUAUGGAUGCAAACACUGGAAGAAGACUUCUGUUAUAUGAUGGACAACUGCAAGAGGUCAUCAAUAAUCUGCUGGAAGGUGGUGGUGCUGCAUACAAUGCUGGUGUGUCAGAAAUGGAGUUUAGUAACAAAUAUGUAAGCUCGAAAGGAAUUAACCUAAAGUCAGCAGAUAGUGUUCAGGGUGACCUUUCGGGUGUUGAGAAUGCUUCUAAAAGCAGUAAAUUAAAUCAGUUUGAUGAUUUGGGAAAUAAUGUAUCUUCACAAGAAGAUCUUCAUGAGUGUGGACCAGAUAUUUGCAAUGCUGCUGACACCGAGCAAUCAGAAUAUACACAGGAGAUGUUGUUAACUCUCCCUGCAGAACCCAGAAAUGUAGUAAGUAACACUCAAAAUUCCACGAACAGAAAUCAACUCAGAGGUUUUUUUGAGGUUUCUGAGUGGACAGAACUGUGUAAGCAUAACAAUCAGCAGGCAAAUUCAGGAAACAUUGAGGGAUAUCUUCCAAAUGACUUAAAUCCAAGUCCUAUUUCAGAAACAGGGAAAGAAGAGAUUUAUAUGGGUGACAGUCUGAGUACUGAAAACAGGAAUGAUAAAAGCCCACAAAAUUUCUUGAAUGUGGAUGAUUUGUCAGAUAAAAUCUGGAGGGAGCUGGAAAGGUGCACACCAUACAGGCCUCACAUAUUGCAAGCUGACAGUAGCAGAAUGUUACUGGAUAACAGCAAGAAAGAUGAUUUUCAGAGAAGUCUUUGUUCAUCCAUCAGUGCAGACACUGCAUAUAGACUGCCAGAAGAAUUGGUUAGUCAGUGUGGUGACACACUACAGUUCGAAGACAAUGAAUACAAUGAGCAACCUCUACAGGAGUAUGCUGAUGUACCUAACAGACCAUCCCUAGAGGGCUAUCCUUAUAUACAUGGAAAGCCGUCAUUGGAGGAUUGUAUUGAUUUUCAGAAUAAACUGUAUCUAGAAGACAGUAGAGACAUGCACCAUAGCUCUUUGUUGGGUGGUAAUACUGUUAUACACGAUGGACCAGCUAUGGGGGACAGUAACAGCACAGCACAAGGGCUGACAACAGAAGAAAGUGAUCUUACAUUCCACAGAUUAGUGCCGUGCUACACUAGCUCUGAUUCAUCAGUAGAUGAUAGUGAUGGCAUUCCACAGCUUGAAAGUGCCUGCUUGCAGCAUGAGUGUGGUGAGGAAACCCCUGAAGAUGACAGCUCUCAGUUUGAUGAGGAUGACGAUGAUGCCUAUGAAACACCUCAGACUGAUGAUGAAGACAGUGAUGUCUAUAAUACUCCUCAAACAGAUGAUGAUGAUUCCUCUGACACUUCUCAAGGUGAUGAGGGCUUUGAUACCUUGAAGAUGGGGGAUGAUGAUACACCAGAGCCAGAAUUGGCUGGAAGAUCAGUUCCAUUGGUUUUUCUGGAGGAGAGAGGUGGUCUAACAGCCCUAAGAGAAGAGACCACCUCUUUUCAAGAACUUGGAGCUAAUGCUAAAGAGGAUGUCCAUGUAAAUGGGAAAGAGCAACCUGAGAGCAUAAAUACAGCUGCUGCAAGUACCAAAACCAUGGGAAGAAUCCCUAAGGAGGAAAGGGAAGGAAAAGGAAGUUUUGGAGAGAAGGAGCAAGAGUUACCAGUUACUGUGAAGAGCGAAGGAAGAAAGGAGGGAGGCAUAAGUUCUUUACGGGAGAUGUAUGAAGCAGAUGUACAAGAGAGAAAUGAGCAAGUUGAAAUGAAAGCAGAAAGUGAUUCCUAUGAGGAUGAAUCUGAAGGUACACAGGAGGGGGAAGAUUAUGAGGAGGAUUACGAUAGUUAUGAUGACUCUGACACUGAUUCUGACAGUGAAGAUGAAAUGGAUAUUUUUUAUUCACAUCAUCAGUGUAUAAAUAAAGGUGACCAGCUGUUAAUUUCCUUAGGAGAUGUAGAAAGAAGCAAUGAACGUAAUCAGAAUAUUGGUGACUGUUGCUAUUCUUUAGGCGACAAGACAGGAUAUACUUCGCAAUUCCAGUCUAACCAUGAAAAUGGAAAUCUGUCUUCAGGAAAAUGUGAAUCAGUGUCACAUAUUUCUGAGGAAAGCUAUGUUGAUCUUUCAUGUGCAAGUGAAGACAGACAGCAGGAAACAGAAGAUAAAUGUGGGACUUGUGUCAAAAGUAAAUACAUGUCACAAGAUACUACUGAGCCUAUUCAGUCAGAAAAUACCCUUGACACUAAAUGGACAGUCUCUACAAGUGAAGGAAAUAAUGAAACACGGCUUAAGGUUCCAGGUUCUCAGCUUCUCCAUAGUACUGUGAAAUCUGAUGUCAGUGUAACGGCCUACCUGAUAACAGAGCAAGCUGCUGAUAGUGAUGAAAGUACUCGGACAAAUUUGCUUCUCUCAGAAUGCUUUACUGAUAGCAUGAAUAAAGACAAUGCUGCCAUGCCAAUGUUAGAUUCGAAUCAUGGGCAAAGACAGAAAGAAGCAGUAGUUGCAGAGGAAAAAGUAUUAAAUGAUACGGAAAAACAAAAGGAAAGUUCAUCUCAAAAGGACAAUAAAUUCCCUAUAGAUAUGCCUUCUGUGAGUGAUGAUAAUGAUAGCUCCCUUAGGGACCCAGUAGAUCCAGUCACCAGUUGGAAGCAUGGUCAAAUAGGAAGAGGUUUCGAAAUUCUUUCAGAAAGUAAAAGUAAAGUAAAUAUUAUAGAGGAAUGUGAUAUCAUGGGACUAAGUAAAAGUCCCAUUCAGAUGGAAAGCCUUGGGGAAAUAUUUGAUGCAUCAGUAAUUAAAGCUGAUAGAGAAACUUCUGCUGCAAGUAAAGAAAAAGUAAAUGUUGAUCAAGAUUUCUUUGACAUUCGAGUUGUGAGAUCAGAUGAAUUUAGGAGAGAUACUAACAUUCCUCCUUCUUUAAAACAAUAUACAACAGGCAUAAAAGAAGGUGGCCAUUCAGAACUGGAUAAAACUGAAUUCUCUUGUUUUGAGGACACAGAAAGAGGGGGAAAGGGUAUAGAGAUUGAAAAGGAUUUUCUGCUAAAUACAGAAGAAAUGCAUUCAAGUGAAUUUAAUGCUCAGUCUUUUCCUCCAACUGAUACAGUGAAACCAAAGGAAAUUAGCAUAACUAAAGACAUAGGGAGAGUUAUCUGUCAAAAUACAGCCAAUGUUCUUAAAGACUCUUCAGAAAACAAAAGCAACAAUGACAGUGAAAUUUCUCCCAUAAAACCAGAUGCUUUAGGAAGUAUUGAGGAUGCCAAAGAAUCAGGGAAUGGAAGUGAAGUGCUAUCUUCUGGGAAACUUACCCACACCACUGAUGUUUCUUCUGCAAUUCUGAGUAGCAUAGGAACUGACUUGAAUUAUGGUGCCCAGAAAGAAUAUGAGAUGCUGAAAAACAAAAAGAGAGAAAAUUUCAUGGCCAGUGAGACUUCCUCACUUGGAAAUGGUUUAAAAAACCAAAUGUCCAUGGAGUCACUGCAAAAGGAAAUGGGACCCUGCAAAGAUUUUCAAGUAAAGGAAGGUAUUUCACAAUCACCAGAAGUAUCUGACACACUAAUGGAAGACUUACGGAAUAUAUUGCAAAAAAAAUUGAAAAUGGGACAUGGUUACUGCAAACAGGAAGCUGAACCCCUAAGUUACACUGAUACCAAAACUUUAAUGCAAAAUUUACUUACAAUGGUUAGAAGUACCCAGCUGGUGAGUGAAAAGUCUAGUGGAUCAAAUCUCAAGCAAAUAAGCAGUUCUGUUAGAACUGCAGUAAUGGAUACCAUGCCAUGUACAGAGCCCAAGGACAGUGAUGCUCCUUCAUUGCUUUGGCUUGAUUGCAGAAGUCCUGAUCUUCUUCAUGAUAUUCUGAAGCAGGAAUCCUGCAAGCAAAAGAUGACUGAUGUAGAUAAAAGGAGGAAUGAAACAGACAUGAAAGCUCCUGUUCUCAAGCCAACUAUUUCCGAACUUCUGGAGAUUUUUCAAAUCUCACCUGGAGAUGAAAGUACAAGCAAGUUAGAGGAGCUGAUAAGUAGUUUGCUUAUGAGCUCACAGGUUGUUGGUACCACCACAGAAUAUGAGGAUAAAGGAAAAGUAGGUGGACUUUGUACUCUUUUCUCAACAGAACAGUCAGAGUUUGGAUCAGAGAUUGCUAAAGAGAAAACAUUGGCAGAUAAUGCAACUGUUGCUUGGAAAAGUGACCAGAAGAAUGGGAAGACUGACAGCCCAUCCAAAGGCUUUACUGAGACUGUUUUCAAAGCAAAAGAAGCAGUCCUGGAAGACACCCACAGUAGCAUGUUUGAUGGAGUACAGCAAUGUUUAACAUUCAUAGAGAAAAUGCAAAGACAUUUGGCAGUGCUUCAAGAUAUGAAGAGCCACCUAGAUAACCAGCAACCUAUUAGUAACAAUCUGGAAAUACUGAAAGAUGAACUGAAACAGCUAGAGUCAUUUGAAUCAGGACUGGCUACGUUUGCAAUUGUCCUAAAAAAGGACAUGAAGUUAACGGAAGAAUUCUUCAAGUUUUGUAACAGGGAUGUUCCAGAAGAGAAACUUAAAGAGCUAAAGAUAAGCUAUGACUAUUUGCAGGAAGCAUUUUUGGUGGUCUGUGAUACAUCUUCAAAACGAGCCAAACAAAUACUCUGUGCUGUUGACUCAGAAAUGUCUAAGCUUGGAGUAAUGCACCAGCAACUUUUAAGUAAACUGCAGAGAUUUUCAGACUGGAUCACAGAGAACAGUAAAAUCGUGAAUGACUUCACAAUGAAUACUAAUGAUAUGGAAGAGAUGAAGAGAAGUUUACAGCUAUUUAAAAACAAUUCUGCAGAGCUCAGCCGUGAAAAAAUGCAACUGGAGUCCACUGCGUUUGAUGUUCAGUUUUUCAUUUCUGAACAUGCUGAAGAUCUUUCUCCUAGUCAGAGCAAACAACUGCUGAGGCUUUUAAAUACCACCCAGAAAUCUUUUCAGGAAGCACAGGAAGCAAUAACUUCUCAAAUGGAAAGUUUAGAGACUCAGUUACAGGCAGUGCAAGAGCUGGGUGAUCAGAAGGAUGUGGCUGAACGGCAGCAGGAAUGCAAAGAGAAACUCCAGGAAAUCUGUGAUUUGCUUACACAAACUGAAAAUCGACUCAUUGGACAGCAAGAGUCUCUUGUUAUUGGAGACAGCAAGGCUGAGCUGGAACAAUACCAGACCAAACAGGAGGAGAUACAAAAAGACAUGAGGAAAAGUGCCCAGACACUGGCAGAGAUUGUGAAAAAUACUGAAACGUUCUUGAAAGAGAAUGGAGAAAAGUUGUCACAAGAAGACAAGACUGUUCUGGAACAGAAACUGAAUGAAGCUAAGACAAAGUGUUUGCUCCUUAGCCAGAAAGCAGAAGAGUCCAAGAAAGAACUUGAUAAAGCUAUGACAACAGCAAUUAAGCAGGAAACAGAAAAGGUUGCAGCCAUAGAACAGCUGGAAGAAAGCAAAAACACAAUAGAAAAUCUUUUGGAUUGGUUAUCAAAUGUGGAUAAAGAAGCGGAGCAUGGCCGGAAAUUUAAGAAAGUGAUAGAACAGAAUGGAACACACUUUGAAGAAGGAGAUGUGAAAGUUUUGGAAGGAGAGGAGGAUGAUGUCAAUGGUAAUCUGCUGGAAAUGCAGCCAGACAUUGAAACUCAGGUGGAUGGACUAGUAAAAAGCACAGAUGAUAAUCUGAACCAGCAGUAUCAGAAAGUCAAGGCUCAACAUGAGAAAAUUAUUUCACAGCAGCAAGCUAUCAUAGUAGCAACUCAGUCUGCUCAGGCACUGCUGGAGAAACAAGGGCACUACCUUUCCCCUGAAGAAAAAGACAAGAUGCAAAGGAACAUGAAAGAGCUGAAGGCUCAGUAUGAGACUGCUUUAGCCGAAUCAGAACGGAAAAUGAAACUGACUCAUUCUCUAAGAGAAGAACUGGAGAAAUUUGAUGCAGACUAUAGUGAAUUUGAAACCUGGCUGCAGCAGGCAGAACAAGAACUUGACAAUUUGGAGGCAGGGGCUUCUGACUUCAGUGGUAUUAUGAUCAAACUGAAAAGGCAGAAGAGUUUUUCAGAAGAUGUUAUAUCUCACAAAGGUGAUUUACGGUAUAUUACGAUUUCUGGACAAAGAGUUUUAGAUGCUGCAAGGUCGUGUAGCAAAAGAGAUGGUGUGAAGGUUGACAAAGAUGGUAUCGAUACUUCAGCAACAUACACUGAAGUGCAAAAUAAACUGGACAGUGCUUCAGAUCGCUUCAAAUCCCUCUAUACUAAAUGUAGCAUCCUUGGAAAUAACCUCAAAGACCUGGUGGAUAAAUACCAGCAUUAUGAAGAUGCCUCAUCUGGACUUUUGUCAGGUCUCCAGGCCUCUGAAAUAGCUGUGAACAAGCAACUGUCAGAGCCAAUUGCAGUGGAUCCCAAAAAUCUCCAAAGGCAACUUGAAGAAACCAAGGUUCUUCAGGGACAGGUGUCUAACCACCAAAUUGCUGUAGAAAAACUGAAAAAAGCUGCUGAAGUGUUAUUGGAUACAAGGGGAGAGUUGACACCAGACAAAGAUGAGAUUCAGAAGACACUGGAUGAUAUUGUGGAGAGGUAUGACAAUUUAUCCAAAUCCGUGAAUGAAAGGAAUGAAAAACUUCAAGUAACUCUGACACGAUCCCUGAGUGUGCAAGAUGGUUUGGAUGAAAUGAUGGAUUGGAUGGAAAGUGUUGAAAAGAGCCUUAAGGAACAAGAACAAGUGCCUUUGAAUUCUGCUGCUAUUCAGGAUAUUAUUAGUAAAAGCAUUAUGCUGGAACAAGACAUUGCAGGUCGCCAAAGCAGUAUAAACACUAUGAAUGAAAAAGUGAAGAAGUUCACGGAAACAGCAGAUCCAUCCACUGCAUCCACGCUGCAAGCUAAAAUGAGUGAACUUGCAGGACGGUUUUCUGAAGCAAGUAACAAGCAUAGAGAGAAGCUUCUGAAAAUGGAGGAGUUGAAAACUAAAGUGGAGUUAUUUGAAGGUCUGUCAGAAAAACUUCAGUCAUUUCUAGAUGAGAAGAACCAAGCCCUCAGUGAGACAGAGGCACCAAGAAAGGAUGUUAGUGAAGUGUCUCAGUACAUGCAGGAAGCUAGUGUAGAAUUGGCACAACACAAGAAGGAUCUGGAAGUUUUGAAGCAGCUUGUUGAAGAACUUUCAUUUCAUGCUCUUCCUGGAGAUAAAGCAUUGGUAUCAGAAAAAGUAAAUACUUUAUCUAAGAAAUUCAAAGAGGUAGAGGAGACUAUAAAGGAAAAAGAAGAGGAUGUAUCAUCUUGUCAGAAACAAAUGGAUACUUUUGAGCUCCUCGUAGAAUCAUUAAAGAAAUGGAUAAAAGAGACCAUAGAACGAAUUCCAGCAGCGCAACCCUCCCUGAAUACAGAGGAAUUAAAGAAACCUUUGGAAGAUACACUGAAUUUAAAAGAUGAAUGGACAUUGAAAGCACCUGAACUGCAGAAAAUGAAUAGCAGAGGAACUUUGCUGUGUAACCUAAUUACUGCUGUGACUUCUCCUGCAAAACUGAGAGCAGUUGCCAAAUCAGGUGGCACAAUAUUAAAUGGUGAAGGAGGAGCUCCAGGAACUCAGGAUUUCCUGAAAAAUAAAGAACUGACAACUGUUCAACAAGCUAUGUCUGAUGUAAAUCACAGUUAUGAAGAUUUGGGAGUUUUACUGAAUGAAAAGAUUUCAGAACUGGAAAAUAUGCUUUCAAAAAUGCAAAAUAUUCAGGAAGAAUCAACCUCAAUGAUGCAUUGGUUGCAAAAAAUGGACAAAACUGCAUCAAAUUGGGAAGCUGCCCCAACUGAUAGUGAAGCGGUUAAAGCCCAAGUUGAGCAACAUAAGCUUUUUGAAACUGAAUUAAAGCAAAGUGCUAAUAAAGUCCAGGAACUAAAGGACAAAGUAACAGAACUGCUGGAGAAGAACCCUGACUCUCCCGAGGCACCUAAGUGGAGACAAACACUGGAUAAAAUAGAUUCCAAAUGGAAAGAGCUCAAUCAAGUUACAUCUGAGAGACAACAAAAACUGGAGGAGUCGUCAAAUUACCUGACCCAGUUCCAGACAGCAGAAGCCCAGCUAAAGCACUGGCUUGUAGAGAAAGAGCUGAUGGUCAGUGUGCUGGGACCACUGUCAAUUGAUCCUAAUAUGCUGAAUACACAAAAGCAGCAGGUUCAGAUUCUGCUCAAAGAGUUUGACACCAGAAAGCCACAAUAUGAGCAGUUAACUAUGGCUGGUGAAGGGAUUCUGAAGAGACCUGGUGAACAUCCACCCUCACAUGAAAUUGUAAAAGAGCAACUGGCAGCAGUGGCACAGAAAUGGGACAGUCUGACCGGCCAGCUGAGGAAGAGAUGUGACCGAAUUGACCAAGCCAUUGUGAAAAGCACAGAGUAUCAAAGUCUACUCAGAAGUCUGUCUGAUAAGCUAAGUGCCUUGGAUAAUAAACUAAGCAGCAGCCUGGCUGUGAGUACACAACCUGAUGCUGUGAAACAACAACUGGAAAUUGCUAGAGAAAUGAAGGAGGAAAUAGAACAGGAAAUGAAGAAUAUAAAUGCCGCCCAAACUCUUUGUGAAGAGCUGUCAGCAUUGGUUGGGGAAGAGUAUCUGAAAGCAGAACUUACAAGACAAUUAGAUGGCAUCUUAAAAUCAUUUAAGGAUAUUGAGCAAAAAUCAGAUAACCAUGUUCAGCAGCUUCAGUCAGCAUACACCACUUCUCAUCAGUUCCAGCAAAUGUCUAAGGACUUUCAGACCUGGCUAGGCAAAAAGAAAGAAGAGCUGAACCAGGCUCGUCCUGUUUCAGCCAAACUGGAUGUCUUGCAAUCACUAAUUGAAGAGCAGAAAGAUUUUAAGAAGACAAUGAGUGAUCAGAUUAGUUCAUAUGAAAGAAUUGUUGCAGAAGGAGAAAGUAUUUUACAGAAAACUCAAGGAGCUGACAAAGCAGCGUUGCAAUCCCAAAUUGCUGCACUCAGAAAUAACUGGGAUGAAAUGAAUAAACAGGUAAAAGAAAGGGAAGAUAAAUUAACAGAUUGCCUGGAGAAAGCCCUCAAAUACAAGCAGCAUGUAGAAAAUCUGCAGCCAUGGAUAGAGAAGUGCCAAAGCAACCUGUGUGAACUAAAAGUUGGCAUAAACCCCGUUGAAAUAGAGAAUUCUAUUGCUCAGGUGAGGGCAUGGCAGAAGGACCUGGAUAAACACCAUGGGAUGGUGGAGCUAUUAAAUAAUUCUGCUGAAAGUUUGCUCAGGGCAAGUCAAACAGAUAAAGAAAUUGUUCAAGAAGAAACUAAGGUGCUGAAUCAGAAUGUGAAUGUGGUUACAGAACAGUUACAUAAGAAGAGAGAGUGCUUGGAAAAUAUGGCACAAAGACUGAAAGAGUUUCAGGAAUCAUCCAGAGAAACUGAAAAACAGCUUAAAAGUGCCAAAGAGCAUCUGGAAGCUCAUGACUCACUUGGACCUCAGUCAUUCAGCAACAAACACCUGACAAUGAUGCAGGCCCAGCAGAAAGCCUUGCAGGCUUUAAAGCCUCAUGUCGAUCUAGCAAAAAAGCUUGCCCAAGACCUAGUAGUAGAAGCUUCUGAUUCAGCAGGUGUUUCUGAUCUUUUGCUCCAAGCUGAAUCUUUGGAGCAAGAAUACACUGCAGUGAACAAGCAGGUUGAAGAUAGGUGCUCAUUCUUAGAGACAAAACUUCAGGGAAUCGGCCAUUUCCAAAACAGCAUCCGAGAGAUGUUCUCUCAGUUUGCAGAGUUUGAUGAUGAACUUGAUAGCAUGGCUCCAGUGGGGAGAGAUCUCAAGGUGUUGCAAUCACAGAGAGAGGACUUAAAAUAUUUCCUGAAAAAGUUGGAGGAUCUUAUAAUGAAUAAUGAAAAUGCUAAUAAAAAUUGUAAAAUGAUGCUAGCCACGGAAGCUGAAGCUUCUCCUGAUCUUGUUGGUAUAAAGAGAGACUUAGAAGCUUUAAAUAAACAGUGCAACAAGCUACUAGACAGAGCAAAAGCCAGGGAAGAUCGAGUAGAGGAUACUAUUUCCCGUGUUGAGGAGUUUUACAGUAAGCUAAAAGAAUUUUCCAGUCUGCUUGGGAGAGCCGAAGAACAUGAAGAGUCACAAGGUCCUGUUGGAAUGGAAACAGAGACAAUUAAUCAGCAGCUGAAUACAUUCAAGGUAUUCCAGAAAGAAGAAAUUGAACCCUUGCAAGUAAAACAACAGGAGGUAAAUUGGUUGGGUCAAGGCCUUAUUCAGAGUGCUGCUAAAAGUACCAACACAGAAGACCUUGAACAUGACCUUGAAGAUGUCAACACCCGAUGGAAGACUCUUAAUAAGAAGGUUGCCCAGCGUGCUGCGCAAUUGCAGGAAGCCCUCCUCCACUGUGGGAGAUUUCAGGAUGCCCUUGAAUCUCUGCUUAGCUGGCUCAUUGAUACAGAAGAUCUUGUGGCUAAUCAGAAACCGCCAUCUGCUGAAUUCAAAGUUGUGAAGGCCCAAAUACAAGAACAGAAACUUCUCCAGAGGCUGCUGGAUGACCGCAAGCCUACUGUUGAGGCAAUCAAGCGUGAAGGGGAGAAAAUUGCUGAGUCAGCAGAGCCUGCUGAUAGAGUGAAAAUCUUAAAACAGCUGAGUUUCCUGGAUAGUCGGUGGGAUGCAUUGCUCAGUAAAGCGGAAACAAGGAACCGUCAGCUGGAAGGCAUCUCGGUGGUAGCGCAGCAGUUCCACGAAGCUCUGGAACCACUGGUGGAGUGGCUGAGUGCCACAGAGAAGAGGCUUGCAAAUGCAGAACCCAUUGGAACGCAGGCCUCCAAGCUGCAGCAGCAAAUUGCUCAGCAUAAAGCUCUAGAAGAUGAUGUCCUAGCUCACAAUAAGAGUUUACAUCAGGCCAUUAGUGCUGGUCAGUCUCUAAAGACUAUGAGCUCCAGGGAAGAUAAAGAUAUGGUGCAGGAAAAACUAGAUUCUUCUCAGGCACGAUUCAUUGAAAUUCAAGAGAAGAGCAACAGCAGGUCUGAACUUCUCCAGCAAGCUUACAGCAAUGCUCAGAUUUUUGGGGAGGACGAAGUUGAAUUGAUGAACUGGCUGAAUGAAAUCCAUGAUAAACUGAACAGAUUGUCAGUCCAAGAUUGCAGCACAGAAUUGCUUGAGAAACAGCACUCUGAACUACUGGAUCUUCAGGAAGAGAUUCUUCUUAGAAAACAAAAUGUUGAUUUGGCUAUACAAAAUGGCUUAGAGCUUCUCAAGCAAACAACAGGUGAUGAAGUGGUCAUUGUUCAAGAUAAGCUGGAAGGCAUUAAAGCAAGAUAUAAAGAUAUUAUGAAAUUGAGUUCUGAUGUAUCCAAGACUUUGGAGCAGGCUCUGCUGCUUGCAGGUCAACUGCACUCAACUCACGAGCAACUCUGCAAAUGGCUUGAUGAAGUAGAGGUGGAGUUACUCUCCUAUGAAACUCAAAUACCUAAGGGUGAAGAAUUAAGCCAAGUACAAGAAAGACAAAAAGAGCUGAAAAAAGAAGCAAAGAACAACAAAGGCUUACUGGACACUCUGAAUGAAGUUGGCAGUGCCUUCCUGGAACUGGUGCCGUGGAGGGCCAGAGAGGGGCUUGACAAGAUGAUAACGGAGGACAACGAACGUUACAGAUUAGUGAGCGACACAAUCUCUCAGAAGGUGGAUGAGAUUGAUGCUGCCAUCCUGAGAUCCCAGCAGUUUGAUCAAGCAGCUGAUGCUGAAUUUGCCUGGAUUGCAGAAACAGAAAAGAAACUGAUGUCUCUGGGUGAUAUUAGACUUGAGCAAGACCAGACCACAGCUCAGCUGCAAGUUCAAAAGGCUUUUACCAUGGAGAUUUUAAGGCACAAAGAUACCAUAGAUGAACUUGUUAAAUCUGGGGAUAAGAUUAUGAAAACAUGCACUGAAGAAGAGAAACAGAUGAUAAAGAAAAAAAUGGAGAGCCUCUUACAGAAAUAUGAUGCAGUCUGUCAAAUGAACUCAGAGAGAAACCUUCAGCUGGAACGGGCUCAGUCCCUGGUUAACCAGUUCUGGGAGACUUAUGAAGAGCUUUGGCCAUGGUUAACUGAAACAGAAAUGAUCAUCUCUCAGCUCCCUGCGCCAGCCCUUGAAUAUGAAACUUUAAAGCAACAACAAGAAGAACACAGGCAACUGCGUGAGCUGAUUGCUGAGCACAAGCCUCAUAUAGAUAAGAUGAACAAGACUGGGCCUCAGUUGCUGGAGCUGAGCCCAGGAGAAGGUUUUUCUAUCCAAGAGAAAUAUGUGGCAGCUGACAUCCUUUACAGUAAAAUCAAGGAAGAUGUCAAAAAGCGAGCACUGGCACUGGAUGAAGCCAUUUCUCAGUGUACCCAGUUUCAUGACAAGAUAGAUCCAACUCUUGAGAGUCUGAAACGCAUAGUUGAACGUCUGAGGCAGCCACCUUCAAUCUCGGCAGAGGUUGAGAAGAUUAAAGAGCAAAUCAGUGAAAAUAAGAAUGUAUCUGUGGAUCUGGAAAAACUUCAGCCAGUGUAUGAAACGCUUAAACAGAGAGGGGAGGAAAUGAUUGCUCGCUCAGAAGGCACUGAUAAGGAUAUAUCUGCUAAAGCUGUUCAAGAUAAACUGGACCAAAUGGUCCUAAUUUGGGAAGACAUCCAGACCUUGACUGAGGAAAGGGAGGCCAAACUUUUGGAUGUAAUGGAACUAGCUGAAAAGUUUUGGUGUGAUCAUAUGGCUCUUGUAGCUACUAUUAAAGAUACUCAGGACUUCAUUCGAGAACUGGAGGGACCUGGAGUUGACCCAUCUGUAGUCAAGCAACAGCAAGAAGCUGCAGAGGCUGCUAAAGAAGAAAUUGAUGGACUACAAGAAGAACUAGAAACAGUUGUGAGCCUUGGCUCUGAACUUAGAGCUGCUUGUGGAGAGCCUGACAAACCUAUUGUAAACAAGAGUAUAGAUGAGCUGAAUUCUGCCUGGGAUGCCCUAAACAAAACAUGGAAAGAACGGGUAGAUAAGCUUGCUGAAGCUAUGCAGGCAGCUGUUCAAUAUCAAGAUGGACUGCAGGCAUUAUUUGACUGGGUAGACAUUGCUGGCAGCAAGUUAGCAUCUAUGUCCCCAGUUGGAACAGAUCUGGAGACAGUGAAGCAGCAAACUGAGGAACUUAAGCAAUUUAAGACAGAAGCUUAUCAGCAGCAGAUAGAAAUGGAAAGACUAAACCAUCAGUCAGAACUAUUGCUGAAGAAGGUAACACAGGAGAGUGACAAACACACUGUUCAAGACCCUCUCUCAGAGCUCAAAAUACUGUGGGACAGCCUAGAAGAAAAAAUUAUAAGUAGACAGCACAAGCUGGAAGGUGCCUUGUUAGCCUUGGGGCAGUUCCAGCAUGCCCUGGAUGAGUUACUGACAUGGCUGACACAUACAGAAGACCUGCUGAAUGAACAGAAACCCGUGGGUGGAGACCCCAAGGCUAUUGAAAUUGAACUUGCCAAACAUCAUGUGCUACAAAAUGAUGUUUUAGCUCAUCAGUCUACCGUGGAAGCUGUUAAAAAAGCAGGAAAUGACCUGAUUGAGUCAAGUGCUGUUGAAGAAGCAAGUAAUUUACGGAGCAAGUUGGAACUCCUGAAUCAGCGCUGGCAAAACUUGUUGGAAAAAACAGAACAAAGGAAACAGCAGCUGGACAGUGCCUUGAUCCAGGCACAAGGUUUCCAUGGUGAAGUUGAAGAUCUGCAGCAAUGGCUGACAGAUACUGAACAUCAGCUGUUGGCAUCAAAACCUGUUGGAGGUUUACCAGAAACAGCAAGAGAGCAGCUUAAUGCACAUAUGGAACUUUGUGCUGCCUUUGAAGCCAAAGAAGAGACAUAUAAAUGUCUAAUGCAGAAAGGCCAGCAGAUGCUUGCAAGAUGCCCAGAGUCUGCUGAAACAAACGUUGAGCAGGACAUAAAUAACUUAAAAGAAAAAUGGGAAUCUGUGCAAACAAAGCUCAGUGAAAGAAAAACCAAACUGGAAGAAGCUCUCAGUUUAGCAAUGGAGUUCCACAACUCACUUCAAGAUUUCAUCAACUGGCUUACUCAGGCUGAGCAAACUCUAACUGCAGCUUCUCGGCCAAGUCUUAUCUUGGACACUGUCUUAUUUCAAAUUGAUGAACACAAGGUUUUUGCCACAGAAGUGAACUCUCAUCGAGAUCAAAUCAUAGAACUGGACAAAACUGGAACGCAUUUGAAAUAUUUCAGCCAGAAACAAGAUGUUGUCCUUAUUAAGAAUCUGCUUAUUAGUGUACAGAGCCGAUGGGAAAAAGUAGUUCAACGUUUAGUUGAAAGGGGAAGAGCUUUGGAUGAUGCAAGGAAAAGAGCCAAGCAGUUCCAUGAAGCCUGGCACAAACUUAUGGAAUGGCUGGAAGAGUCGGAGAAAUCUCUGGACUCAGAUCUUGAAAUUGCAAAUGACCCUGAUAAAAUAAAAAUGCAGCUCGCACAGCAUAAGGAAUUCCAGAAAUCUCUUGGUGCCAAACAUUCUGUGUAUGAUACCACAAAUAGAACUGGGCGUUCCUUGAAAGAGAAAACCACCUUGGCUGAUGACAAUUUGAAACUUGACGAUAUGCUGAGUGAACUAAGGGAUAAGUGGGAUACAAUUUGUGGAAAGUCAGUGGAAAGACAAAAUAAACUGGAGGAAGCCCUGUUAUUUUCGGGACAGUUUACUGAUGCUCUGCAAGCUCUCAUUGACUGGUUAUACAAAAUUGAGCCUCAACUAGCAGAAGAUCAGCCAGUACACGGAGACAUUGAUUUAGUGAUGAACCUGACUGACAAUCACAAGGUUUUCCAGAAGGAGCUGGGAAAAAGAACGAGCAGUGUCCAGGCUCUGAAGCGCUCUGCGAGGGAGCUGAUAGAAGGCAGUCGUGAUGACUCUUCCUGGGUCAAAGUCCAAAUGCAGGAGCUGAGCACUCGCUGGGAGACAGUUUGUGCCCUGUCAGUAUCCAAACAAACACGACUGGAACAGGCUCUUCGGCAGGCAGAAGAAUUCCACUCUGUUGUUCAUGUCCUUUUGGAGUGGCUGGCAGAGGCAGAGCAGGCUCUUCGUUUCCAUGGCAUCCUUCCAGACGAUGAAGAGGCCUUGCGUACACUGAUAGAGCAGCACAGGGAAUUUAUGAAGAAAUUGGAAGAGAAAAAGGCAGAACUGAAUAAAGCAACAGGUAUGGGAGAAGCUAUUCUGGCUAUCUGCCACCCAGACUCCAUCACCACCAUUAAGCACUGGAUAACAAUCAUCAGAGCCAGGUUUGAAGAGGUUGUAGCAUGGGCCAAACAACAUCAACAGAGGCUGGCAGGAGCCCUGGCUGGACUUAUUGCUAACCAGGAAUUGUUGGAAGCCUUGCUGUCCUGGUUGCAGUGGGCAGAGACUACACUAACUGAAAAAGAUAAAGAGGUUAUUCCCCAGGAGAUUGAGGAAGUUAAAGCGCUUAUAGCUGAACAUCAGACAUUCAUGGAGGAAAUGACCAGAAAACAACCUGAUGUGGAUAAAGUUACAAAGACCCAUAAAAGAAAAGCACUUGAACCCAGUCCAGUACAAUCUCAUAUUCCUGUCCUUGAUAAGGGGAGAGCAGGCAGGAAGCGUUCCCCAACACCAGGCAUCUAUCCAUCAGCAGCCCAGGCACAAAUUGAAACCAAGAAUCCACGGGUAAACCUUUUAGUCAGCAAAUGGCAGCAGGUUUGGCUUCUGGCCUUGGAAAGGAGAAGAAAACUUAAUGAUGCUUUGGACAGACUUGAAGAGCUGAGAGAGUUUGCCAACUUUGAUUUUGAUAUUUGGAGGAAAAAAUACAUGCGAUGGAUGAACCAUAAGAAGUCUCGUGUGAUGGACUUCUUUAGGAGGAUUGAUAAAGAUCAGGAUGGAAAGAUUACAAGACAGGAAUUUAUCGAUGGAAUUCUUUCUUCAAAGUUCCCAACAAGCCGACUUGAGAUGAGUGCUGUUGCAGACAUUUUUGAUAGAGAUGGUGAUGGAUAUAUUGACUAUUAUGAAUUUGUAGCAGCUCUUCAUCCAAAUAAGGAUGCAUACAAGCCUCUCACAGACGCUGACAAAAUUGAAGAUGAGGUUACAAGGCAGGUAGCGAAAUGUAAAUGUGCAAAACGAUUUCAAGUGGAACAGAUUGGAGAUAAUAAGUACAGGUUUGGUGACUCUCAACAACUGCGCCUGGUUCGUAUCCUAAGAAGUACAGUCAUGGUUCGUGUUGGAGGUGGCUGGAUGGCACUCGAUGAGUUCUUAGUGAAAAAUGAUCCUUGCCGGGCUAAAGGGAGGACAAAUGUGGAGCUGCGUGAAAAAUUCAUUUUGGCAGAUGGUGCCAGUCAGAGCAUGGCAGCUUUCCGACCAAGGGGCCGUAGAUCACGACCCUCUUCAAGAGGUGCUUCUCCAAACAGAUCUACUUCUCUGUCAAGUCAAGCUGGCCAGGCAGCUGCCCCACAGGCAGUUGCUACAAGUACACCAAAGACACCCCAUCAUUUAACACGCAACUAUGGUAAACCAUGGUUGACAAACAGCAAAACAUCAACUCCUUCUAAGCCAUCAGAAUCCUCAGAGUAUCAAGGGUCAUCUGCAGAGGGAACACCAAUUCAAGGAAGUAAACUUAGACUGCCAGGAUAUCUAUCAGGAAAGGGUUUCCACUCUGGAGAAGACAGUGGCAUCCUGUCAACAGCAGCUACCAGAGUCAGAGCUCAGUUUGCAGAAACCAGAAGAACUCCAAGCAGACCUGGUAGCCGAGCAGGAAGCAAGGCUGGCAGCAGGUCAAGUAGUCGCCGAGGCAGUGACGCAUCUGACUUUGACAUUUCGGAAAUCCAGUCUGUGUGCUCAGAUAUGUCAGAGACUGUUCCUGCUACAAGCAGACCAACACCCCGAGCAGGUUCUCGGCCAGGAUCAGCCAAGCCUUCUAAAAUUCCAACCCCCCAGAGAAGGCCACUAGCCAGCAAAUCAGACAAGUCCUUGAAGAGAUAAUAUGAUUGGCUCCACUAAAGUCUUUUCCUUUUGCAUUAAAUAUUUAAGUUCAUAAGAUGUAAAAUAUUAUGUAGAAAUUAUUGUGAAAUAUCGCAAGAGGUGGAUUUUUAAUUCUGCAGAUGGCCUUAUUUGUGUAUUUGUCUUCUUAUUUUAUGUGUAUAAUUUUUGUCAGAUUCAUUUUUGGUUUUGCCAUAUCCUGUGAGAAGGGGGAAGAGUUCUAAUGUAAACUAACAGUUGUACACAGUAACAUGUAGAAAGUACACUAAAAAUAAUUGCCGAAUGUACAGUGUACUGAAUGUACAGUAAGUCUCUGCAACCUCAGUAAAAAAUAGGCCUAUCACUAUGUCAUUAGUUAACAGUAAAGGAUACCUCAUGAUUUUUCUUUAAAAAAGAAAAAGAGAAUACUAAAAGCCAAAAGACACAAUUACACGUUUUGAGCUAACUAAGCAAACACUAAAGGAUGUACAUCAAAACUACUACGUAAUACAAACCCACAUUCACAGUACCCUUAUUUAUACAGCAUUUCUCAGAGAACUCACAGAGUUAAUUAAGCACUCGCCAAUAAUAUGAUACUCCAAUACUUUGCAGCAUUUCUGUGCCAUUGCUUUCAAUGAGACCAGACACAUUCUGGAUAUCUGAACUACUGUUCUGUAAGAAUAUCAAUAUAAAGUGCAUUCAUGUAAAAGUGAGGUUUUCUUUUGCUUGAGUGGAUGGUAGCACUGUAUCAUUGAACUCAUUUUGUAUCAAAGCAGUUUUGCUUGCAGAAAGCUCCGAAAUAAACAUGUCCCUUAACUUUAU